AUGAUUAAACAAAUCUGGAGAGUGUGGAUCAUCUACACAGUCAUAACUGCAAAGGUUUCAGAAGAAAGAGCUGUGAAGCAGGUUUGUCCUUCGUGUGAUGCUGAUCAUUUUUGUGACUGUUCUUCCUUGGGGUUGAACACCAUUCCUUCAGGGAUAACAAGUGAAAUCACAGGACUGAACCUGGCCCACAACAAGAUAGAACAUAUCAGUGAAAAUGACCUGAGGUCAGGCGUGAACCUCCGUGUGCUGUUGCUGCAAUCAAAUCAAAUUUGGACAAUAGACGAGGAUUCAUUUCACUCCCUUGGAAAACUGGAGCAUUUGGAUUUAUCCAGUAAUAACUUGACUCGCUUGUCACCUACUUGGUUCAGGGACUUUGUUUCCUUACAGCACCUGGACAUACGGGGUAAUUUCUAUGCAGAACUUGGAGAAGGGUCCCUUUUUUCAAAUCUUAAGAAUCUGAGAAAUUUGCACCUUGGGAAUAAAGAUCGCUUCCUUGCUAUACGGCAGCAGGACUUUGAAGGAAUUACUGUUCUUGAGCAACUUGAAAUUCAGGGGGAAAAGCUCCAUUGGUAUGAGCAGGGAAGUUUAAAAUCCAUUAGGAACAUAAAUCACAUAAUCAUAAAUGUAAGAGGUAUUUCUGUGCUAUCAUCAAUUCUGGGGGAUCUUGUAAAUUCUGUAAUCUGCUUAGAACUGAGAAAUAUAGCUUUCAGGACAGAAAAUGAAACUAUGUUACUGAAUAUAAUGAUUCCUUCUGUUAUGAAGAAACUCCUGUUUAGAAAUGUUUUGCUUACAGAUGAAAGCAUCCCUAGUAUGAUGGGAAUCAUGGCAAACAUGAGACAAUUGGGGGAGGUGGAGGUAGAAGACUGUGUAUUUCAGGGGACUGGACACUGGUCUGGACUAAUUCAUGUAGACAAACCAAGUCCUGUUAAAGUAGUGACAAUAUGGACCUUAGUCAUAGAAAGAUUUUAUGUGUUUUCAGAUCUUCAUAGCCUGUCCAAUCUUAUAGGUAACCUUACGAAGGUCACUGUUGGCAAUACUAAGGUCUUCUUGGUUCCUUGCCUCAUUUCAAAACGUUUGCUUUCACUGGAGUAUCUUGACCUUAGUGACAACUUGCUUUCAGAUCCCGCUUUGGGGCAUUCAGCAUGUAUGGGCGCUUGGCCUGUUCUGAACACUUUAAAUUUAAGUCAGAAUUCCUUGAGCAAUUUAAAGAUGACUGGAAAAAGUUUAGCUCACCUACAGAAGCUAACAAACCUAGACAUUAGCCAGAAUAAUUUUGGACAGAUGCCGGAAGUAUGUGAAUGGCCGGAAAACCUGAAAUAUUUAAAUUUAUCAGGCACUCAAAUCCCCAAGCUAACAGGUUGCAUUCCUCCAACUCUUGAAGUUUUGGAUGUUAGUAGCAACAACCUGAUUGAAUUUGGAAUACAGCUCCCACUCCUCCGAGAGCUAUACAUUGCCCAAAACAAAUUAAAGGCCUUGCCAGAUGCUGCACUCCUUCCUGCUGUAGCGGCUCUGACAAUCACAAGAAACAAGUUAAACAGUUUCUCUAAGGGAGAAUAUGAAUCCUUUAAGAACAUGAAGAGGCUGGAGGCUGGGGACAAUAAUUUCAUCUGCUCUUGUGUAUUUCUCUCCUUCAUUCAGUCUGAGGCAGGAAUAGCCAAUGUCUUGGCUGACUGGCCAGAAAACUACAUUUGUGACUCUCCAUCUGCUGUGAGAGGGAAGCAAGUGGAAGCUGCUCAGCUUUCGCUGAUGGAAUGCCACCAAACACUGGUGGUGUCCUCAAUCUGCGUUGUGCAGUUCUUGUUCAUCCUGCUCGUUGUGAUUGUGGGGUACAAGCUGCAUGCAUUCUGGUAUAUGAAGAUGACCUGGGCUUGGCUUCAAGCAAAAAGGAAGCCACAGAAAGUGCAAACAAAGGACAUCUGCUAUGAUGCUUUUGUUUCCUACAGUGAGAGAGACUCUGAGUGGGUUGAAGACUUAAUGGUACAGGAACUGGAGCACGCCAACCCCCCUCUGAAACUGUGUCUUCACAAGCGGGAUUUUGUGCCUGGGAAGUGGAUUGUUGAUAACAUCAUUGACUCCAUUGAGAAGAGUCAUAAGACGCUGUUUGUGCUGUCAGAGCACUUUGUGCAGAGCGAGUGGUGCAAGUAUGAGCUGGACUUCUCCCACUUCCGCCUCUUUGAUGAGAACAAUGAUACAGCUAUUCUGAUUCUUUUAGAGCCCAUUCAAGGAAAGGCGAUUCCCAAAAGGUUCUGCAAACUGAGGAAAUUAAUGAACACAAAGACCUACCUGGAAUGGCCUCUCGAAGAAGUGCAGCAGCAAAUAUUUUGGUUUAAUUUGAGAGCAGCAUUAAAAUCUUAGGAUUGGCCUUUUAAGACUGAACUAGUAACAAAUCCAUAACAGGCUGGGUCUCAUGUUUUUGUAUGACUGGGAUUUUAAAGUUUCUAGAGGCCAGAGACAUUGGAAAUCCUGUAGACUACUACAAAAUACUAUUUUUAAAUCUUUUCUUCAUAUUGUGUUUGGCCAUUGAUUGCCAGCAAAUUGUAGUCUCCUGUAGUAGUGGCAUUUGCAUUAAAAUGAUAUAUAAA